GCGCCUGGGCCCUUCCUCUCCGCGCUCUUCCUGCCAGGCCGGGCUCCCCGGCGCGUCCUGAGGCGGCAGGGGGCGGCGCUGGGCUGGGCCGGGCCGGGCCAAGCCAAGCAGGCGGCCUCCUUCUCCCCCUUUCUCUGCUCCUCCUCACUGCGCUUCGGAACAUGGCGGCGGCAGUCACGGCGGCGAGGGAGUGAAGCCUCGGCGGCCGCAGUAAACCUGAGCCAGUUCCAGGGUGAGGACCUGUAAUACAGCAGGAUAAUGCGGAAGCCAAGCCCUCAGAAAGCAAUAGACUGGAAAGAUGGCAAAAAGCACAAGUACGGGCGCCUGUCAGAACCUCCCUCUCAGUACCAAGGUCACUUUGCCUGGGAUAAAUACUUGAAAGAGACAUGCUCCGUCCCAGCUCCUUCUCAUUGUUUCAAACAGUCUUACACCCCACCCACCAAUGAAUUCAAGAUCAGCAUGAAACUUGAGGCCCAGGACCCGAGGAACACCACUUCCACAUGCAUCGCCACUGUAGUGGGGCUGACGGGUGCUCGUCUCCGGCUGCGCCUGGACGGGAGCGACAACAAGAAUGAUUUCUGGCGUCUGGUGGAUUCUGCAGAAAUCCAGCCCAUUGGAAACUGUGAGAAAGAUGGAGGGAUGCUGCAGCCCCCACUGGGAUUUCGGCUGAAUGCUUCGUCUUGGCCCAUGUUUCUCCUGAAAACUCUGAAUGGAGCAGAAAUGGCUCCUGUUCGGAUUUUCCACAAGGAGCCUCCAUCUCCAUCCCAGAACUUCUUCAAGAUUGGGAUGAAACUGGAGGCGGUGGACAGGAAAAACCCACAUUUCAUCUGCCCGGCAACCAUUGGUGAGGUGCGGGGCUCCGAAGUCCUCAUUACCUUUGACGGCUGGAGGGGGGCCUUUGACUAUUGGUGCCGCUAUGACUCGCGAGACAUCUUUCCCGUGGGCUGGUGCUCGAUGACCGGAGACAACUUGCAGCCUCCUGGGACAAAAGUGGUCAUUCCAAAGAGCCCGUUUCCCGUCCCCGACGUGAUCUCUGACAAGAGCAGCAUGCACAGCGGUGCAAAGACCAUCCUGGACCAUCAGCCCGGGCAGAGGGGUCGCAAACCUGGUCGGAAGAGAGGCCGGACGCCAAAGGCUCUGACCACACACCCCAUCUCCGCCCCUUCCAAAGCAGUGGAACCUCUGAAAUUCCCCAAAAAGAGAGGCCCAAAGCCUGGCAGUAAGAGGAAACCUCGAAGUUUGCUGAAUCCAGCACCCACCUCCCCUACCACCAGCACUCCUGAACCCGAUACGAGUACAGUGCCCCAAGACGCGGCAACUAUCCCCAGCUCUGCUAUGCAGGCCCCUACAGUUUGUAUCUACUUGAAUAAGAACGGGAGCACUGGUCCUCACCUGGACAAAAAGAAAAUCCAGCAAUUGCCUGAUCAUUUUGGGCCAGCUCGAGCCUCUGUGGUCCUCCAACAGGCGGUCCAGGCGUGCAUCGAUUGUGCUUACCACCAGAAAAUUGUCUUCUCGUUCCUGAAGCAAGGCCACGGAGGCGAGAUCAUUUCAGCUGUGUUCGAUCACGAGCAGCACACCCUGAACUUGCCAGCCGUCAACAGCAUCACGUACGUCCUCCGCUUCCUUGAGAAACUGUGCCACAACCUCCGCAGCGACAACCUCUUUGGCAACCAGCCGUUCACUCAGCAUCACGCACAGCACUGUCGCGAGUACGAGCACGACAGGUACCUACCAGAUAGAAGCUUUUCGUUAGACGGCUCUCUGCAGGGACCAGGCCGGGGUACAAAGAGAUAUUCCCAAGAUUCCCCUCCAUACAGUUCUCCUCUCUCCCCCAAGUUGCCAAAGAAUGACCAUCACCCUUUGGAAGGAGAAACGUUUAUUCUAGGUGAUGGGUUGCCGGGUGCCUUGGAGCCUCGCCUGGACCCCUUGGACUCUGCCUUGAAUGCCGUCAACGCGCCCAGUCCCAGCAGGACGUCAAGGGACUAUCGGCUGCAGGGAUACAGGCACCUGCACCAGCCUUCCAGUCUCACGCAGUGCGGCUCCUCCGCUUUGCACAGGCUGAGUGCUGGGGGCUCAGACAGAUACCUUGGAUCCCGAGAUACCUCACGUCUGGGCACCCGGGACCCCUCUGCCUGGACAGUGGAAGACGUCAUGCAGUUUGUGAGAGAAGCUGACCCUCAGCUUGGGCCGCACGCCGACCUGUUCCGAAAACAUGAGAUCGACGGCAAAGCCCUGCUCCUGCUGCGCAGUGACAUGAUGAUGAAGUACAUGGGCCUGAAACUGGGACCGGCUCUGAAGCUCACCUACCACAUCGACAAGCUAAAGCAGGGCAAGUUCUGAGCGAGAGAGGCCGUCUGGCCCACACUCUCUCCUCCCCUUUGCAGGCACGCCUGCGUUCCUCAGCCACCAGAUCUCGGGGCUAGGAGGACUCCUUCCGCGCUUCCUUUGUGGCUGAGAAGAGGAAAGCGCCCUGAAGAGCCCUGCCAAAGGGAUAGAGGCUUCCUCUGCUGUCUCCCGAUGGCACCCGGGACUCGCAGCUCACCUGUCUGCCACAAAGAUGCUUCCUGUCGUGCGGACGGGACUCCGGCUGAUCUGACCAGAGCCAGGCUCAUGUUGGUGCUGAUGCUUUGACUUAUCUGCCUCAGCAGAUACACACUGUAGCUUGCCCUGUCUUUUCACCACCCUCUUUGAUACGUCUUUGUCGCGCCAGGAGGAGAGCAUGUUUCAAACUCAAAGCUGGCAGUACCAGGAGCUGCCUCCUCCCCUCGCCCCCCCCUUUUUUAACCUAUUCGUGCCAUAUAGUCUGCAAGGAGUCAGCUUGGGCAUAAAACGAACUGCUGCUGCUGCUAACCAGAUUGUUUACUCCGUUGGGUACGUGGGCAGGGGGCGCAGAAGGCAUUCCCCCUCUAGGAAAAGACCUCCCUUCAGAUGGUGCUGGAACUUCUUUUCUGCCCUGAGGGCUCAAGCAGACAGUAUUGCUGUUGUGAGGGCAGAAAGCAUUAAUAUUUAUGUAGAAUAAGGAAGGGAAGCUAAUUGGGCGUCCAGCAGGAGAUCUGCAUUUGUCACGGAGAACUACCCUUCCCUUUUGAAGCUCACCAAGUGAGCCAAGAGCAGUGGCAAAGGGAAAGAAACCCUUUGCUUCUCUUUACCUGGAUGUCAUUGGGUGGGGGGGGCACAAUCGAGCAGACAGUCUUCUUUUCUGUGCACCUCCUCUUUCCCCUCACCCCCAGUCUGAAACGUCUUCAUACUUGCUGUCAAAGUGGCAGCUUUUCCCCAGGAAAUGAAAUGGUUCUUACUCGACAACGGUACCAGCUCCUCCCAUUAAAUUUAUCAGAUCCUUGCUGAAAGUUAUACCUUCUUGCCCAUUCAUGGGGGGAAGGCCACGAGGAAGGGUGAAGCAGGCAGUGAAGUGGAGGGACAUGAAUUGUUUUGUAUGUGUGUGUUCUGGGGGUGGGGGGAUGUUUAAUGUAUUUAUUUUGAUGGCACUUGAGCGGUGGACUGUCCUUGUCCUAUUAGCAGAGAGUUUUUGCCACUAGUGAGCCAGAGUGGAAAGGAGCAGGUGAGCUCAAGCUUUGCUACUGGUUCCUUGGCAGCCUGUUCCUGGGCUGUCAGCAGAAGGGGCUCUGUUUCCAGACUCGGUCCUUGAGUCAUCCCUCGGAAGGCCGCCACAGAGACCCUGCAGCCUUCAGAUGUGGGAAUGCUUACAAAUCGUCUCCAAGGGUGAGGGCCGUGCUUUUCCUUCGGAGGCUGCCGGUGUCCAGCAGCCUGUCCUGUGGAUGGUUCUUCGGUCUCCCCCGAGCCUCGGGUUCAAAAGGCUCUCUUGGUACUGACCCAGCAGCAAUUGAAGACAACACAAGGGAGAUUUGGGGGGUGGGGGUGGGGUAGGGGAGCCUCCACUGUGAAGCAAUGAAGUUUCAUUGGCAAUAAGCCAGUCUGCAGGGAAGGAGUGAGAAUUCACAAACUGCCUGAGCAACGCCACGGCCGGUUUGGGCCCUCUUUGAAGAGGGAGAGGAGGGUCACCUGCCCUUAGUCGGACUGCCUGGCUGCUGAACACCAUUUUGGGUGUGCAGAGCUACCCACAGCUAGCAGGGAAGGCCCUGCCAAUAAGUCUUUUUUCCUGCACUUAUUCUGUUGAUUUGUUUAUAAAUAAAGGAAAAAAAAUAGAA